AUGGCACGUAUCGAGCGACUGAGUCAGGACGUGGUGAACCGCAUUGCGGCUGGAGAAGUGGUACAUCGUCCUGCAAAUGCACUGAAGGAGCUACUAGAGAAUGCACUGGAUGCAGGAGCAACACACGUGACAGUUACAGUGAGUCAGGGCGGUCUCAAGCUGUUGCAGAUCCAGGACAAUGGACGAGGUAUCCAGCGCCAAGACUUGGAGAUCGUAUGCGAACGCUUUACCACCAGUAAACUCAAAAGAUUCGAAGAUCUGAAGGAUAUUAAGAGCUUUGGAUUCCGAGGCGAAGCGCUCGCCAGUAUAUCACAUGUGGCUCAUGUGACAAUCACAUCGAAAACAGCGGACCAACAAUGCGCCUACAAAGCUUCGUAUCGAGACGGAAAGUUGGUGGCAAAGAAAGCAGGAGAAUCGAAGGAUCCCAAGCCUUGCGCAGGAAAAAAUGGCACGCAAAUUUUGGUAGAGGAUUUGUUUUACAAUCUAAGCACGAGGAAACAGGCGUUGAAGAAUGCAUCGGAGCAGUACACUCGAAUCUUGGACGUAGUGCAGAAAUAUGCUGUUCACUUUAAAGCGAAAGGAGUGGGAUUUGUAUGCAAAAAGUACCGGGACUCUUCUUGCAGUGUCAACACACUGCAAAAUUUCUCUCAACUAGACGUGAUACGUUCGAUCUACGGCAGCAAGAUUGCUAAGGAGCUUACUUCAUUCGAGCUCAUUAAAGAUGUGAGAGCUGCAGGCUCAAUGGAUUUACAGCAUCAAAUCCGUGGAUACAUCAGCAAUGCCAACUUUCACCUACGAAAAAGCAACUUCAUUCUCUUUAUCAACGAUCGCCUGGUCGAGUGCCCCGCAUUAAAGCGCGCUUGUGAGUACGUUUACUCGCUCUAUUUACCAAAAAACACACACCCGUUUGUAUAUUUGAGCAUGGAACUACCACCUCGCAACAUCGACGUGAACAUUCACCCGACAAAAGAAGAGAUACACUUCCUGCACGAGGAAGAUAUCGUUGAUUCGAUAAGCGAGGCAGUUGAAAAGCAGCUGAAAGGUAGCAACGAAAGCCGGAGCUUUUCCGUUCGGUCGAUAACGGCCAUGUUGGAAACCUCUUCCGCAAACAAUGAAAACUCAUCAAUAAAGCAACGCAGGCGACAAAGUCCUUUGGAACAGGAAGCAAUAACGGAAGCAGCAGAACCUAGUGACGAAGGAUGCAAUAAGCGUGAAGGUGAGAGUGAAGAUGAAGCCAACUGCUCUGUCGACUCGAUCGAAAUUGAUCUCAGUCAAAAGCUUACUCCACCAUCCAAGCAAUACCAGUCAGCACUGGCACCACAGCGUUUAGUGCGAACCGACCAUCGGUCAAACACGAUAGACAAGUACUGCUUCCUUGAAUCGCAGAAGACCCAAUUAUCGCAACUGUCCCAGUCUUGUUCGCAGAAACACGAGUGCGGCGCUUCCCCCGACGGGACUGGUAAGCGGGAUGACUUUAAUGACCGCAACCUCGUUGCGGCGAAGUCUCUUAAGCUGAAAAAGAGAAAACUGUCAGAGACCCAAUCGCGUCAAGAACCUGAGCCGGAGGACGGGCACGAUCGCCGCGGGAGUCUUGAGGCCACCCAGACUCCACAAAUACUAUCCAGCGUUCAAAACUUGCUGAGCUUGGUGCGGCAAAACAAGAAUAAGGCGCUUGGGAGGCUCUUCCGCGAGCACAGUUUUGUGGGCAUCGUUGAUAAGCAGUUCUCGCUUGUGCAAUAUCGAACAAAGCUGUACAUCGUACGACACGACGAAAUUGCCUUUCACGUGUUCUACCAGCAGGUUUUGCUACAGUUCGGUGCGACGAAGCCGAUUACUCUGCCGACACCGCUAGCGAUCUUUGACUUGGUGUUAGAAGCACUGAAGAACCCUCGGAAUGGAUACGACAAAGAGGACGGCCCUCGAGAGCAGCUUGCAGACGAGAUCAAGACGUUGCUAAGUGCCAACGGUCCUAUGCUGUUUGAGUAUUUCUCGCUCGACAUCGAUUCGCAAGGCAUGCUACGCACAUUGCCACAGCUAUUACCAGACCACGAGCCGUCGAUCCAUUCCCUUCCAGAGUUUGUGUUUCAUCUGGCAACAAAAGUGAGUUGGGAGGAAGAGGAGCCUUGCUUCGAAAGUGUGGCCCAGGUGCUAGCACGUUGGUACGGUGAGAUGCGGUACCCAGGAAAUGCCGAGCGAGAGGCUUUAAUAUUAGAGCACGUGCUGUUUCCAGCCAUGAAGACCGCUGCGUUCUGUCCACCGAAUGAGCUCAACAAUGCACAGCUCAUCACGCCAGUGGCCUGCCUCACCAAUCUCUACAAGAUUUUUGAAAGGGGGGUUGAUCCAGAUAGCGGACGUUCAACUACAUCAACGUCUACUUCGUUUCCUGAUACUGUAUCUGCUUCUACGGGCGGUAUUCCUCCUAUUCAACGCAAUAACGUCGUACGGAAGAUCAUGUUACAGACAAUUGGUGAAUAUUACGAGGAUACGACGGUAUCAAGUGUCCAAAACUUUGUAGCUGGUGUAGAGAAUUAUUGUGCAAGUACCGAGAGUUUGGCGAGUCUUGGCAAGUCACUGUACACGUCACCAGCUUUGGUGUUUGUAUUGGACGAAGGGAUGCGCGUGAUUCUAUGGAAUGAUUGUGCAGUUAAACUCUGUGGUUAUGCCAGGAAAGAAAUGGCUGGACGGAAUCUAUUGAAAGAAAUACCGUACCUUGUUCCUCCUUCUACUGCUAAAGUAUUGGGUGAUGCCUUGAUUCAUUGUGUCAGAGGAUCACCGGUGAAUAGUGUCAUGCUAGACUUUAUAAGUAAAGAACAGUCAAAAAUUACACUGUUAGGGUCGUGUACCCCACUCGUGGGCAACCCUGUUGGAGCAGGAAUGCUUGUAGUGGCGCACGAUUUGACUCAUUUACCAUUUGUCAUGGUGGACAAGAAAGCAAUAGCAGAGACACCUGCAGUGCUGGAUCAGAAUAAAGGAACACCUGGAGAGACAUUGCCAGUUGCUGUGGCGAAUCCUGUGGUGCCUUCUGUGCAGACUGCUGUUGCUGUCCCUGCCCCACUGUCUGCAGCCGUUGCAUCUAACGCGUCCACGAUCCCUGGAUGGAGUGAAAUCGCACCCAACUACUCGAUCGAGUGUGUACUUGGACAGGGAAGUUACGGACAAGUGGUACGAUGCAAACAUUUACCAACGGGUGAGAUUGUGGCCAUCAAAAAAAUCCAGAAUGUAUUUUCGGAUCCGAUUGAUGCUAAGCGUAUUCUUCGCGAGUUGUGCAUCGUGCGUCAACUGCGACACCCAAACAUUGUGCAAAUCCGAGAAAUCAUUGCACCGCUUGACAUGAACCGUUUUAAAGAUCUUUUUGUCGUGUUUGAGUACUUGCCAUCGGACCUGGAGAAGCUCCUUCAUUCGCCACAGUUUCUUACAGCUGAGCAUUUGCGGUGGUUGCUAUUGGAUUUGCUCAAGGCACUGAAGUAUAUGCACUCAGCGGAGAUUGUGCAUCGUGACCUAAAGCCAGCCAAUGUAUUAUUGAACCUUUCGCCUGUAGCUAUCAAGAUUUGCGACUUUGGCCUCGCACGUGGCCUAUCAUCGUCAACAUCUACUGCAGGACGGAAGCGGAAGCGUUUAGGCGACGGUUCGACUCCGGAAGAGAGCAUACUUCAAGGCAUUGGCGUGCAUCCCCGUACUCCUGCACGUCGAAUCCAGCGUCAACUCACAGAGCACGUGGUCACACGCUGGUACCGUGCACCUGAAAUUAUUUUUCGAGACCACGAUUACUCAGCCGCUAUCGAUGUGUGGUCGAUCGGAUGCAUAUUUGCCGAGCUUCUGAGUAUGCAGAAAAGCAGUGUGUCGUCACACUACCAGCGCGAGCCACUUUUUCCCGGCGUUUCGUGCUUUCCUUUGAGCCCCGGUGCUGGUCAGAUCGCGCUGCCGCAGGAUAGUCGUGAUCAGUUGAACACGAUCCUAGACGUGCUUGGAACGAUGGCGGAAGAAGAUGUCGCAGAAAUUGCAGACCCCGACGUGCAGUUUUACUUACGCAGUCUGCCGCCUCGACCAAAGCGCAAUUUGCAAGAUAUGUAUCCUGGCGCCGAACCCGAGGCUAUUGACUUGCUUACGUGGAUGCUGAAGAUGAACCCACGCAAGCGGGCAACGUUAGACGAAGCGCUAUCACACAAGUACUUGGCCAGUAUUCGCUCGCUUGAGGAGGAGAUUGUAGCUCCUGGAACAAUUCAACUCGAAUUUGACGAGAAGAAGAUGAAUGUUACGGAGAUCCGACAGCGAAUGGUGAGCGAGAUUCGAUUUUAUCACCCUACCGCUGGCACCAACACAACAUCAAGCUCUGUUGCGCGAGGAGCACAGGCAAAUGGUGCCAUUAGCAAGAAGAAGGCAAAGCAAGGUUGA